UAUACAAACAAUUGUUGUUUGUAUAGGUCCCUGACUGUAUGUAGUGAGAGUUUAUGUGAAUCAUUUCUAAAAUCGCAUUUUAAAAUCACUCACCAUGAUAAAUCAAAGAUUUUCUAAGUUUAUUGGAAAACGAUACAAUAAAACAAUCUUAUUGUCUGGGAUUAUGAUAUUGUGUUUAGUACCGGUGUACAUAUUCAACUUCAACUUUGCGCUGAAAUCUCCUCACGUUGGUACCCGUGAUAGAUUGACAUCGUUAGACGAAGGUGACGCGUAUAACAUCCCGUCACUUACGGAACUGGAGCGGAUGUCUACAACAGAAUUGAUGGAAAUCUAUUGGAAGUACGUCAACAGGCUACAAAUUCUCUGCAAGGACGUAAUUAGGGUCGGUAGUUUGGAUGAUGGGGGCAAAGAAAUCUGCGUCGACAAACCUUACCGACCAAAGGCACCAUGCAUAGUGUAUUCAUUCGGCAUAAAUUUUAAAUUCGAUUUCGACGAAGCUGUGGUGGAUAUGCUUGGCUGCGAUGUGUUCGCGUUCGAUCCCAGCAUGAAUAAAAGCACGUCUAAGUUCUCUGAGCACAUAUGGUUCUACAAAUGGGGCCUGGCCGGAGAAGAUACGGUUAACAAUCAAGGCUGGCAGCUGAAAACACUGUCCACAAUUCGAAAGGAACUCGGUCAUACUAAUAAAACAAUAGACCUUCUAAAAAUAGACGUCGAAGGCGAUGAAUGGCAUGCAAUUCCUCAAAUGAUCUCGUCGGGAGCGCUAGACGACGUAAAACAAAUCUCCAUGGAAACGCAUUUCCUCUCCAAACGACCAUUUUCCCCGAAGAAUUGGGGAUCUUUUCCGCUUCCUGGCCAUUUACAGUUGUCUGCUCUGAAACAGUUGAAUGAUGCGGGGUAUAGAAUUUUUAUGAGGGAACGGAACCUUGGUUCUCAUCAACAGUGGCCUUCUUUAAAAGGGUAUAUUACAAAUGUAAACGAAAUUUCAUUAGUGAGGCCGAUGAAAUAAUCGGAUUAUGAGUUCAUUUGUUCAGGAUUUCUUUUACAAAUUGGGAAAAAUCGACGCCUACAACUCCUUCAAAUUUGCUUAAAAGUAGUAUAUUUUUAUGAGCAUAUAUUCAAUGAAGGAAUACACAAUUGGUAAUGUUAUUUUACACGAUCAGAAUAAGAUGUAUUGUCUUAAGUGAAAUAAAAACGUUUCCUAUGGACCUUAGACGAACAGAUGUGUAUAAUACAGUAUUUUACCGAUUACAAUAAACACGUGUUUUGACCAAAAUAUAUGAGUGUGUGAUUUUCUAAAACUAAUAAGUUGUUGGUGUUUGUUUUUCGCCUCGAUUGUGUUUUUGUCUAUUGGCCUUAUUGGUUUAUCCUGUCUUUUUAAUUUACAUCCGGAAGAUUUGCUGAGAAUAGUUUUGGUAACAAAUUAAAUUCGCUGAAAUCCACGUUUUUAUUAUGGUAGACAGCAUUUGAAAAAGAAGCACACACCGUUUGCUCUUAUAAUUGUUUGUAUGAGUCGUGUUCU